CGAAUCCAUUCUCUGGAUUGACAGUAUGAAGACCAAAUUUCUCUGUCCCAAUUAUGCCUACCAUAGCCUACCAUAGCCUGAGCUAGCUAGCUAACGGGAAUUAACAGACCUCUUCCCCCUCAGGCUGUCUAGCCUGCUGCGCGCGCCAUGGAAGGCCCCGGACCAGGACCUGUCCCAGCUUAUGAAACGAUUCGAGAACUCGACUCCAGGCAGUUUAGAUCCCAUCAAUAUGGUCAGGCGCGCUGUUCCCGAUACUGCCCCAGCCAAGGUCACAGAAAUCUUGCCUCGCCUCAAAGACGGCGGCGCCUUUGUCAAAUUCAACCACCCGGCCGACGUGCCCGCCCAGGAGAUAGAGGAAAUCGUAAUAAAAUCUCUCCAGGAAAAGCCUGUGAGGCCCCUAUUCAGCCCCCUGAGAGGGGUCCAGGCGGGAUUGGUCAAGGGCAUCCCCUGGCUUGAAGAUCUGCACAGGUUUCCCGACGACCGACUGCGUGUCGAGUUUGUCCCAAAGGAUCCCGGUGGCGAGGCGGUUGAGCUAUCCCAGGAGACCCUCUACAGUUUAUUUCGUCGAUACGGAAAGAUCGCCGAGAUUACUUCGCAGCCGUGGGAUUCCAAGGUUGUUCCCAAGUUUGCCUACGUCGACUUCGCGUCCGUGAGGGACUCCAUUAUGGCGCGGAACUGUCUGCAUGGUUUUGUCGUGCCCGAAGAACUCGGCGGUGGGAAGCUAGGGACUAGACUUCGAAUGUCCUACGAGGAACGAGCAAAGUCUCACCCGACUUGGGGGUGGAUAUCUAGCCACCCCAGAAUCGUCAUUCCCGUCAUAGUGGCAUUAAUAACCGGCUUCACUGUCAUAAUAUUUGACCCCAUCCGGUCAUUCUCCAUCAAGGCCUAUGUCACAGGCAAGUUCCGCCUCAGCAAUAGUAGGUUGUAUCGGUGGCUGCGAAAAAGAACAUCGCAUAUCUUGUCUUUUAGACGUGAGAAAGCCGACCAGGCGGGACUAAACGCGAUAUGGACUCAUCGGAAGGACCUGAUCAACCAGAUCCAGAAAUGGCUCAUGGAAACCAGCGAAACUUUUAUCGUCAUCCAAGGCCCUCGCGGCUCUGGCAAGAAGGAACUGGUGCUGGAGCAGGCCCUCAAGGGGAGGGACAACGUCCUCGUCCUUGACUGCAAGCCUGUAGCCGAAGCGAGGGGCGAGGCGGCAACGAUCAAGCGGAUGGCAUUUGCUGUCGGCUACCGACCUAUCUUCUCAUAUGCUAAUAGCAUCAGCAGUAUGGUCGAUCUUGCUCUCCAGAGUACUACCGGUGUUAAGGCAGGCUUCUCGGAAACCUUGGAAUCCCAGCUGCAAAAGAUACUCCAGACGACAGCCGGUGCUCUUACCGAGAUUGGCAUCUCGAGUCGCCAAAAGGACGACUCCGACGCAUCCCUGCCUGUGGAUGCCUAUCUUGAGGCCCAUCCCGAGAAACGACCUGUGGUUGUCAUAGAUAACUUUCUUCAUAAAAGCAGCGGCAAUGCUAUUGUCUACGACAAGAUCGCCGAAUGGGCCGCAGCCUUAGUCCAGUCUAAUAUCGCCCACGUCAUCUUUCUCACCGACGAUUCAUCCUACUCCAAGUCUCUAUCCAAGUCCUUGCCUGAUCGAGUUUUUCGCCAAGCCGCACUUGGAGACCUUUCCCCCGACGUCGCUAAGCGCUUUAUCCUAAGCCACCUCGGUAGCGGUGAGGCAGAAGACGGUUCUGGCGAACCUCGGGGGAAGGGGCCACGACCAGGGGGUCGCGUUGAUCUGACAGGGCUUGAUGACUGCAUCGGCACGCUCGGUGGCCGCUUGAAUGAUCUCGAGUUCCUCGCACGCCGUCUUGCAGCUGGACAGAGUCCCAAGCAAGCUGUCGACGAGAUUACAGAACAGUCGGCAUCCGAAAUUCUCAAGAUGUUCCUCCUUCCGGGGAAAACCGCGGGCAACGGCGAGCACCGAUGGUCGGUGGAACAAGCCUGGCAUCUGGUUAAGGCGUUGGCCUCGAGCGAGAGCCUGCGUUACAACGAGGUGUUGCUGCACGAUACCUUCGCGUCGUCCACUACCUACCCUGACGGCGAAUCGGCACUCGAAGGGCUAGCUAACGCGGAGCUUAUUACCGUCAACUCGGUCAAUGGCCGCCCUUCUAGCGUCACCGUCGGGAAGCCCGUAUACGCGGCCGCGUUCCGGCUGCUGUUGGGCGAUGCCGUGCUCGCAGCCAGGCUAGACCUUGCGGUUCUCGCUGAGUUGGCUAAGGGCGAAGCUAAGAAAAUCGAUAAGGCCGAGGCCGAACUCGCAUUGCUGGCAACCCUUCCGAAGCAGGUGGCAAGCCGCGUCUCUUAUCUUCGCUCUAAGCUCGAAGGCGCGCAGAACAAGGUCGAAGAGUAUGAGAAGGAGAUUGCGAGGUUAAAGAAGGUGCUUGCUAGCGAGUACUAGUUGGCAGAUACGUGUAAUCGGGACAAGCUUCACUCAGCUCGACAAGGACUGGGUGGAAUACCUUUGGAGUGAGGAAUUGGGGAGGGAGAGGGUGUAGAUAAAAUCAAAAAGGGGGAAAGGGGGAAAGGGGGAACUAAAAAAGAGUGGUAAAGAAACGAGAUUAGGGAGAGGGUUUACAUAUGGAGGGUUGUUGAUUUGCGCACCCUCCUCCAAAUAAACUGAUACCCGUAUAUUAGCAGUUGGACGGAUUCUACGAGCGUAAUUACCAGAUACCCAACUCACAUUUUAAAUGCUUAGCUCGCUCCUCAUAUAAAAUAUAAGGAAUCGACUCUCG